GAAGAGGAGGAGGAGGAAACCUGGGGCUUCUUUUCUUCAGAGGCAUUUAACUGGGAGUUUAUGGAGGCAGCAGCCGCUGGAAAAUGAAGAUCUCCUCUGUGGUCUUCGCUCUGCUGACCCGAGCUCUGUUUGGAGAUUUGUGUUGGGCCAUCAACGUCACCAUCACUCCCUCCCCCUUCACGGUGGCCCAGGAGGGUCAAAACAUCACACUUACUUGUGUGGUAUCCCAGCGACGCCGCAAUGCCGCUUUACCGGUGGUUAAAUGGACCUUUCUCCCGGCGGGAACGGAUCAACCGGACGACGAGCUCCUCAUCGCCCGCGUCAACAUGAGGAAGGCCCGCUUCUAUGGCAACUACACGAAGAGUUUCCCAUGGCCCAAAAUGAAGCUGACGGUGGUGAAGCAGGGGAAGGUCUUCGAGCUGGUCAUCUUGAACGUGUCCGAGGGGGACCGGGGGCUCUACAUGUGCCGGGUGCAGGAGUUUAAAAAGCACCAGGACCGCUGGAAGGCCUCAUCCAACUGCACGGCGGCCACCGAGCUCAGAGUGCAUGUCCUACCGGCCACCAAGGCCAAAGAAAGCCUCUGGAGCUUGUUUGAAGAUGUGUACCUGUGUGCGGUGCUGAUCUGCUCAGUGGGUCUGCUGUGCAUGUGCAUGUUCACCGUGACCGUCACCUGCCAGUACAUACAGAGGAAACAGAGGCUAAAAGAUAAUUACCACUUGGUCAAAAGCCCUCAGAACAGCUCAGGAGAGACGGUCACCAGUGUGGUCAGUGUGUCUCCUGCUCUACCUAAAAAGGAGAGGAGGUACAGGAAGAAAAGGAGCAGAGACUACCAGGAGGAGAUACCACCGGAGAUACCAGCAAAAGCUCCCAUUGGAGACAAAACACGCAAACCCAAACUUUUAAAACCCCAACCAAGGAAAGUAGUGUUGCCGAAGAUAGUGGAGGAGAAUCUGACGUACGCGGAACUGGAUCUGGUGAAGCCGAUUCCGGAGGCCAAGGCGUCACGUAGCGGCACAGUCUACGCUCAGAUACUGUUUGAGGAGCAGCAGCUAUGAGAGAAACAUAUACACCACUACUAACUGUGCCUUCUGUAAAAAGUAUUGUCUAUUUAUAGUCUGUAUUGUUUUGUAUUCGAAUGGUUUAUGAAGGGAUGAUGUCUAAAAUUUAUGACAAAAUUGUACAUACGAUUUUAUAUGAACUUUGGUAUAACUUUCUUCUAUGAGAUCAAGAUGCAAAAGGAAUUUUUUUUUUAUACUGGAGUCUUACUUUAUGUUCUUUUGCACCCACGUUUGAAUCCUGUGUAGCCAAAACUAAGAACACAUUAGAAGACGUCUUUGCUGAUUUAGACCUGAUUUGUCCAUCGUGACAAUCGAAAGGGAAACUGGAGGUUUGGACUUGCUGGCUGAGCCUCAUCGAUCCUAUCAAACAUACAGUACUUCAUGUGGUAUUUACAACCUGAUGUCAGCAGGGUAAAGUCAAGAUUUCCCUACAAUAAUGCUGCUAUUUGAGAUUUUAAAGAAACAAUUUGACAUUUUGGGAAAUAUCUGUACGCACUUUCUUGCCAAGUGUUAGAUAAGGGUGAUACUGAUCUCUCAUGUCGUGCUAGCUUUGCAAUCUCCACCUCUGUUGUAGAGACUCAAGGAAACAAGAAGUUGAACAGCCUUCAAGAUAUAUAGAAUACACACAACAGCUGCAAAUUAGGUGUAGUUCCCCAGCUGGGCAUUUUCGCAGCAACAUUUUCCUCUUUAGUCUGCAGCAGAGCAGUAAUUGCAGGAAUACCAUCAGUUCCCAGAGCUACAUUGUCUUUCUAUCUCCACGUCUUACCUUCCAUUUGUCUCAGCUCCUUGUCUGUUGACUCCAACUCAAAUAAAUACAGCCAGAUAUCAAAGUGAAACGACUUGUGAUUGUCCGAAAGCUAGUUCAGUGGGUAAAUCCAUCAAUUCCAUUUAGCUGUCGAGUUUAUUGAAAGUUCGCCUUACAUAUGUAAACCAGCUGCCGAGUGAUUAGGUCAGAUGGCAGGUAUCCACGGAUGGAGACUCCCAAUGCAGUUAGCAAAAUGUCCAUUCCAGGUGGCUAAUUUCUGUGUUUACCUUCUGUCUCUGUAAGCAAAGACUGAAAGGAAUGUUUAAAAUGAGUCACGUAAAAGCCAUGUUCUUAGGGAAACUGUGCAGUCGUCAUCAAAUCUCUACAACAGAAGUACAGAGUGCAAAGCUAGCAUGACCCAUGGAGAGACAAUAGCCACAGGGAUGAGAAAUAAAACAGGUUGAAAUGAACCAGAAUUACCCUUUAAGUAUGGAGCUAGCACCACAAGACGACUAGCUUAGCUUAGCAUAAAGAGUGAAAACAGUUAGCCUGACUCCAGCUAGGUAGAAGGCUAACAUUGCUACGGAAAGCAAUGUAGAGCAACUCUUUGUUAAUGACUUAAGCCACAAAUACAAAGCCUUAAUUUGAUUACUGAGCUUUAAAGAUGUUGGUAGGUGUAUUUUUUUAAACUUUGGACAAAAACAGGUUAGCUGUUUUCUCCUGCUUCCAGUCUUUGGAACUGUUCCAAGAUGAGCUAGCUUCAUAAAUAACAUAGCAGCAUGAGUAAAAGUCUUGCCAUCAAAGCUAUUUCCCAAAAUGUUGAACUUCUAUUUCAAACUAAUGAAUACAAAUUAUUCUACAGAAUUCUGUUAAACUGAAAUACAUAAGGGUUGUAUGUUAGCAGCAAAAUGUCAUUUUUUGUAGCACGCCUCAUGCAAUGUGUUCCUGUGAUGGCCUUUUGUUUUUGAUAUUUCUUAAGCCGCUUUAACUCGAAUUGUGGGAAACCCCAUCAUAAAGAAAGCAGAUUUAUGAAAGAGAGACAAAGUAAAUUAGAGAUGUCCGUUGUUAUGAAUGUGAGCCGAUGCAUUAUCAAAUGUGAUUUACUUCGAGUGUGUUCCCAGCAUUAUCUGCCUCACAGCAUCUGUGCUCAGUCUGUUUUUGUGUGUCGGGCUGCAGUUUAUAAUGACCACAGCUCCACAGAGUUGAUGCUAAAGCAGCAAUUAGCCCCCCGACCUCCCCCCCCACAGGCAAGUAUGUGAGACCAUGCGAGUCCUUUCAUCUGGUGCCAACGUCAACUUAACAGGCUGUUAGCAACACACACACUUACAUAUACAUACAUACAUACAUACAUACAUACAUACAUACAUACAAGGGUGGAGUUACACGAAGGCUAAACACAGUCACAGGCUCGCUCACAAAGGCACACACUGUAAAUCCAAAAAGCUGCAAACAAUUGUGACACCUGAUCUAUGAACGGAGACAGACUGAGACCUGUGUUUGGGCUGUUUCCCAUUAAUGUCAGUCACAGUUUACUUCUAAUCUUAAGGUGAUUUCGUUGUUGGAGAUAAGAACCAGAGGCAAUACUGGCCGUAAUCCUGCAUACCUACGCUACGGUCUCCUAGCUUUCUCACUUUCCAGGAAUCGGAGUGUGAAAGUACUUUGGACUCUUUUUCCAUUUAAUGAUCCUCUGGACUAAGGCACGGAAAAGCAAAGGAGAGCUUUUUUAAACAGCGAACUUGAAACCCAGACACAAAGGCACCGGAUCCCUCCCUUCCCCCAAGACUUCUGCUAUCUUAUGUGGAGUUAUCCAUGCAGAUGGAGUCUGACUUUAUUGCUAAAUAUCUUCUGCAAUUCAUCUCAAAGUGGCUUUUUGCCUCAUUUGCAGUUGUCAAACAUUAGCCAAACCAGCUAUUCAUCUAACAUGUAGUUUGAGACGGUAGUUAAAUUCACUUAAGUACAGUGAAUGGACUAAAACACAUGUAGGUACAAAAAAAAAGUGUGGGUGGCAUUUGCGUUGUGUAACCACUUUCUAAGAAGCUAUGUGGCAAAUAUGAUUAGCUAGUUACAGCUGAUCAUAGCUUCUAUUUUAGAAAUAUAUAUAUGUAUAAAAUGGGACUAGUGUGGUGAAAGAGACUGUCGAAAAGUUGUGCGAUUGUACACAAAAUCGGCCACUCGAGGACAUCUUGUGUCAAUAAAUACUAACAAAAAUACACAGUCAGGACAAGGAUUUCUAGCUAUUACUAGAAAUGUACAACAAAUUCUUACAGCAAGCUGGUGAUUAUAGACUUGGACAUGUUUUGUUCCCCUGACUGUAUAUUAUAUUACAAUGUAAACCACUGUUGACCUCUGCAUUUGGUAGCAUUCCAAUUUUCCAUUGUUGCUCUCUAAUGUUCAUUUCACUUGCACAGUGUGUUUCAUAUGAAACGAAGUGACUGAAAGUGACCUUUUGGUGGUGGGUAGAAGCGUCUUAAAAAUGCCCUGAGACUGUGAAAUGUAAAGUUUCUUCCAGACCACAUUGUCCUUAAUGGGAGUCCGCUAACUAGAACCAUGUGUGUGAAUUGUGCCUCUGUGCUCCCUUCCUCUCCCUUUUCCCCUCCUCUCUGCCCACCACUGACCUCUGCAUUCAUCAACAUUCCAGCAUUUCUGCUCGUGUUCAUUUUGUACAUUUCAGCUGUACAGUGUGUAUCAAUAAGUGAAAUAAAUAUGAAGGUGGAUGUGAGCA